AUGAAAAAGAUUAUUUUAAUUUUUUUAAUUUUAAUUAUAUUUAAUAUUCAAUUAUUUUAUUGUCAGCCCAUGUGUUUACAAGGAGGAAAAGAUAUUGGAUUGAACAAUAUAAUAAGAAAAUGGUACAUUUACCAGUUACCUGAAGAAGGUGGAAUUUAUUAUUGGAAUAGUUUCUCUGAUACCAUAACUGAAAAAAUAGGAAUUGAAUAUUCAUUAAGAUAUGAUAGUGAAUCAGCGUUUUUAUUAACAUUCAACCAAAUGGAAAACCCAGAUUAUAAUUAUGUUACCUACAAUGAUCAUCCUGAUGAAACAAGAGAUAAAGAUCCAGUAGGUGGACAUUCAAAAGGAUUUUUUAUUUGGAACAAAGAUGGUGGUAUACAUGUGAUGCAUAGUUUUACAGCAUUUCCUUUGUUUAGAACAAGUAGAAAUGAUGAAACUAUGGAGAAAGGAAAAUUUGCAAAAAAGCCACAAACAGGUGGAUUUAAUCCUGGUUUAGAAGUUUUUAAUCAUAAAGAUAAAAAUUUAAGAGGUAAUGAUAAGAACCCAAAAUUACAACAAGCACAGUAUGCAUAUUGCUAUCCGAUUUCAAAAACAGGGAUUGAAGUUGGUAUCUAUAGACAUUUGGUAUUAACAAAUUCAGUUAUUGGUUACGUUAAUGGUUUGGCAGUCAAUUGGGGACUCUCAUCAUUAGAGUUAACAAAUAUAUUAGAUGAUUUAGAUCCUGCCAAAUUUCCAAGAGUUAGCUUUAUGAGAAUACCUGAUACAAAUGAUUUUCAAAAGAGAAAUAUUCAUUACGAAAAUAUUAAUAUUCGAGAAUCUCAAGUAACAGCCGGAAUUGUUAAUGAUGUUAAAAUAUUGGACCAAAAUGAUAAAUUCCCAUUGUAUGUUUUGGCAAAGCAUGCAUAUUAUUUUUCGGAAUACAGUAAAAAGCAACAUUUAGAAACACUUUAUAACCAAUAUUCAGAAAAAUUAUAUUUUUAUCAAAAACAAUUUUAUAACAAAGAUAACCAAUUAGGGAAAAACUAUAUUUAUGGUGUAAGAAGAUAUAUGGAUCCCAGUAAAUUGAGUUAUAAAAAUUUAAUAAACAUUUGGACAUACAUUUCAACCUUAAAGAUGGAUUUUGGUGGUCAACAAAUUUCACUAUUAGGAAACUUUUAUUUACAAACUCAACAUUAUAAUGACAUUGAAACAGGAAAAGUUUCAAAUCUUGAACGUAAUGUAUAUCAAGUUGAAGAUAUAACUGGUUAUGCUCCUAAUAAUAAAAUUAUUACAAGAAAAAAGGAUCAUUCAAAACAAGCUUUUUCAGUUAUUCAAUUUAAACGAGAUUUUCCUGAUGAAGUUGUACCAACCCAACCUAAUCAAUAUGAUUAUAAAUGGUUUUGUGUUGGUGAUAAUAAUUUUAUGGAAAAACAGGCUCAUAGAGGAGGAUCAGUACAUUGUUUCAAAAGCCCAACUCUUAGUAAAUUUUUUUCAAAAAAAGUUUAUUCGUAUUACUAUAUAAGUUCAAGUGGAGAAAGGACAUUUUAUAACUCAAAAGUUAAAGAAGGUAUUAAUGAUUUUAUUUCAAGGUUGGUAAUUAAAGAAAAUAGUGAUGAUAUGGAAAGAAUAAGUAAAAUUCAACAACAUUAUCAACUAACUGGAUCAUCAAUGAGUUUUCCACCACCAUCAGACAAAAUCGAUUUGAAUGUAGAGAUUAAUGGUGGUGGUAAAAUAG